GUCUGUGUACUCUCAGGUGGAAACAUUCCAUUUGUAUUAAGAAGGCGAGAGGUACAUUCUAGGCGAUUGAAGAGAGGGUUUGAGCUCCUUGGAGAAGCGUAUGUUCAUGGAAUCAUGUGGGGCGAGGCUGCUAGCCGAAAUGUUGACGGCCAACAGAAGCUUUUGACAUUUGACUUAAUAUAGACUCGGGCCGAAAGAUUGUGUUUAGCAUGGUCUCUGCCCGCGUCCUGCGCACUGGAACAUAUGACGCAAAGAAAGACCUCAAGCCGAUCGGACACGCGCACCCCUGAAGCCUCCCAACCCGCGACGCAAGCGACAAAAGGAGGGAACACGGGAACAAGCAAGAUGGCGCUAAUGGUGGAGAACACAUACCAGAUAAUAAAAGAGCUCGAAAAGAAAAGGGAAGAAGACCGAAAGAAAAUCGCGCAAAUAGGUGAAGUUGUCGCAAGAUUGUUAGAGAAACUCCAACAAGGGCACGUCGAGCAGAAGGAAAUUCACCAGAAAACCCAAGCUUCUAUAGAAAAAAGAGAAAAAGAGCACGCCAAACGAAUAGAAACUCUGUCUAAAGAACACGCCAACCAGAUCAACGAGUUAACAAGAACACUCACCCAGGAAAGAGAAGCGCUUAAGACGGAAGUCAAGGCAAUGGUGGAUAUGGUGGACACGAGACUAUCUAAGAUACAGACCACCCCCAGCGGAACACCGUCAUACGCAAACGUGGCGUGCACGCCACCAUAUAGCCAGCCAAGCAACCUACAAACGGUCUCCACACACACAACGUCAACAACGCCAACCAACACUCUAUACUGCACAGUAGACACAUCCAGAGUCGAAGAGGAGGACAGGGAAAAGGCGCAACUGCGGAAGAUCAGGCAGACAAUAGAAACGGAACUUCGAACAACGGAAGGGAAGGAGAACUGGCGAUGCAUGGCGGUGCAGCUAUCGAGCAGCUCGGUCCUGUGUGGAAAGCCAUCAUGAAUAUAGGAGUGACCGGCUGAUUAAAAGCACCAAUUGGGCCGAUCGAGAAGGAGCAAAGGCAGCCAUCGAAUCCAGGCCGUGUCGAAAAGAACCAAAAAGAGCAGACCAAAGGGAA